AUGUCAAGUAAGGAGGAUACACCAGGCCUGAGAGGGCGCUAUAGGAGGGCUUGUGAGGCUAGCGCGGAAAGGUUACUUGACGACCUGGGCCUGGGUGCUGCUCCACCGUGUGCCCAGAGAGUGCAUACCCUCUCUCAUCAGCUAUUUAGUUGGCUUAAAGCUGGGCCUUCGUCAUUGAGAGAGAGAGUGAAAAGAGUAGUAUCAGUAGAUAGAUCCACCCGGCGAUAUUUGAUCAGCUCGCUCCGUCAUCUGCCCUUUCAUCCAACCGUACACUUCCCUCACGUACUCAUUCCUGCUCGAUAUGCAGAGCUCGGUACAACGACCGCCAGAGACGCCCGCAGGAAGCGGAAAGCACGCUGUGAUGAGGCUGUACCCUGUCAGAACUGCUCCACUGCCGGAGUAAGCUGUACCCACAAUGCCCCUGUACUCAAGCGAGGUCCACGCCCUCGCCAACCACAACCUGAUCUCGACUCGCGUCUCCGCAAUCUGGAACAUCUGAUAUCAUCCAUACCAAACGCCGGCGUCCAAGGCUCUCUAUCUCUCUCGACCGACGAGCUCAACCAGGUCCGGACGGCCGCCCACUUCUCCCCGAGCUCAGACACCAGUACUCCGGAUGCUGCAGGACUCGGGGCUCCAACCUCGAUAGACAUGAGCUGGAUGGGGGGAUUGUCGUUUGGGAAUGGAACUGGAUCGUCUGGGGUCUUGACGGAGGGGUCUGGGGAGUUGGCGGGGCGGAUGGGGGAGUUGGACGGGUUCGCGGGGGAACCUCUCCUGCUUGGCGCCUUAGCAGGGGCCGGCGACGGGAUGUUCCUGCCCAGUCGAGGUGGUCAGGGUAUGGGGAGUGUAUCAUCUGGAAGUGGAGGAGGGGGAGGAGGCUCGAACCUAUACGGGAAGGCAGGAUCAGGCUACGGGCGAGAUAUGCUGUAUCGUGACUCGAGCGGUCAGACGAAAUGGCUCGGCCCGUCAAGCGGUAUGCCUCUGCUCGACCGCCUCAAGACUGUACAUCCCACUCCCGCUCCGUCCGGUCUAUCGCUCGCAGAGGAGUGGAUGUCCCUAUCCGCCGCUAUCGGUAUGACUGUCGACUCGCAGCAACUUCCGGGUCCGAGCCAGCCCUUCUCAUCUCGAUCCGACGUGCCAUCGCAGGAGGAAGACGAGGCAGAGGCGAUCUGGAGGCGGCUUCUGAGCGUGUGUCCGCAGGACUUGGUUGAUCAUCUUGUCCGAGCGUACUUUACCAUUAGCCACUUGUUGUACCCCAUCCUCCAUGCACCCGCCUUCAUGGAUCAGUACUCGUCCCCUUCAUCCCGCAAGAAUCGCUCAUUCGUCGCUCUCGUCCUCUCUAUCUGCUGCCUCUCUUCCCGCUACACGCAAGAUCCUCGCCUACCGGGCGCCAGUACGGGUCUCUUCGACCUCGCCCAACAGGUCGUUUCCACUCUGGCCUCGGAGCGGAUGGAUCUUGAACUCGUACAGGCGCUCUUCAACAUGUCGGUUGUCCAAGAGGGCACAUCUCGGCCGGCGCUGCUUUGGAGCUAUCUCAGUCAAGCUGUAUCCGGUGCCAUCGAGCUCGGACUACACCGCCGGACGGACGAGUACAGCUCAUUCUCAGCGAUCGAUGUUGAGGUUCGGAAGCGUACAAUCUGGGCAAUCUAUGCGCAGGAUAUCAAGGCGAGCUGUACCUCUGGACGACCGCCUAUACUACGUCUGGCAGAUCUUGAUGUGGAGGAGUGCUCGGCCGUCGACGACGUGUACAUCUCUGCUCAGUCUGGUAUCGGCGUACAGCCUACAGAUCGUCCCUCUGUGAUGGCGGGAUUCGUCUGUGCGGUCAGAUUGCAUAUGAUACUGGAGAAGACCAUAUCUCGGAUCAAUAGCACCACCGAGCAGAGCGAAACUCGUCCCUUCAUCUCCCUUCUCCGCCCUCCCAUUUCUCAACCUCCCCAAGAUGAGCUACCGCUUCUCGACCAUGUCACCGACGGCGUACCAGGCGACUGGGUAUACACUCCAGCAACCGUUGCCGAUCCCGAUAGCGUCCGCUUCUUUCAAAAGACCCGAGUCUUUGCCCUGCAGAACUUCAUCCGCCUGCUUAUCGCUCGCCAUCGGUUCAGCGAGAUGCUGGAGCGGACUCGGAACGGCUCGGCAUCGAUGGCGGAUAUCCAGCCCAUCUUGACGCAGAUCACGCAGUCUGCUUUGGGUAUCAUCGGGACGUACUGUGCUAUUGACACGAGGGGCAGACUAGGCUUCUUUGGUGCUCAUGCUAUUGCUCAGCUAUCUCAAGCGGGCGUAGGUCUCAUCGGAGUCAUACUCCAUCUCCGUACUCAGCCUGGCGGAGGUGACGAUGUCUCGCAUUUGGCGAUGCAGGGACUGCCUGCGGUGAUCCAGGUUCUGCGUCAGCUGGGCAAGAGACGUGCUGCCGGAUCGCGGUCAGCCGAGCUACUCGCCGAGUUCUGCCGGGCCUGUCGUCUCGGUAUCUUCACUGGCGCAGAGCCCAUCGAGGACAGCGGCGAUGCCGCACCUGUCGAGGUCCCCAUGCUCCAGUCGCUACCUCGCCGAUCAUCCGCCUCCCUACCCUCAGCAGAUCUCCCGCUCUCGGCUGGCGCGUUCGAGGACUGGCUGGAGAUGGCGUUCUCGGACUCGGCGGACAUCUGGGGUGUACCGCCGUCGACUUGA